AUGCCAGCUAUCAUGAAUACUGUUUCAGGAACAGAAUCACCCGCUACUAGUUCGGACAUUUCAAGAUCAACACCUGUACCAAAUGAUAACCAGUUCAUCCUCGACGCAGUCAAUUCGCCCACGUUUUCACUGUACGAUUGUAUCAGAAUGAUUCAUAAACAUUCAGAUAACAUUGGUAUUCAUCAUUUCCUUUGUGAGAAAUUGUUGACUUUCCCACAUAAUGAGUUACAAUUUUAUAUCCCUCAAUUGGUUCAAAUUUUAAUCACUGUAGAGACUGCAUCUAUGGCUUUAGAAGAUUUAUUGACUAAAUUGAGAAAUGAAAAUCCACAUUUUGCAUUAUUGACGUUUUGGCAACUGCAAGCCCUGCUAGCUGACUUAUCCACAGAUCCGGAAUCUUACGGUUUCCAAGUUGCAAGAAGAGUUUUAAACGAUCAGCAAUACGCACUAUUCAAUACCAGUAUUGAUGGGAAGGAUGAUGAUGACGAUGAUUUCGAUAGGAAAGUGGAUCCAAACACUGGGGUUAUUAGCAGAAAGUCAAAAAUGCAAGAAAAUAUCGCUCCUGCUAUAAUGUAUAGUUCUUUGAUUUUUGCAACAAUAGCAUCGCCUGCAUUGGCUGAAUAUGCAGAACCUUUGGUCGAAUCACAAGGAAGAAGACAAAAAGCAUUUGUGUUCAAAUUAGCAAAAUCUGCAAUGAAAGAUUUCAGGAAAAAUAUUACGCUAAAGAAUACCUUGAUGAAUAAAAAAAAACAUAAACACAGUAAGGACGUUGUCGUCGAAUUGAAUAGAGAUGUAGGUUAUAAUUCGUAUCAACGCAACGCAACUCCUCCUACAUCUCCAAAAGUUGACUUAAUACCUCCAAAAACAUUUGAAGAUCAAAUGUUUAAAAAACAACGUGAUUUAGAGUUAAAUUUAAAUUUUGAUAUGGUAGACAACAUAGGUCAAAGAGUAUUUGAAGAAAAAAUUUCAAAUAAAAUAAAGUUACCAAAGAGAAGAUCCAAAUAUCUAGACAGUUCUUAUGUGCAUAGAACCUAUAGUGAAAUAGAAAUGGCUAAAUCUGAUGAGAAUAUAGAUGCCAUAGUUAAUCAAAACAAAGACAUACCUAACCCAAUUGUUAAUGAUAAAUGUUCAACAGAAAUGAAAAUUAGUGAAAGUAUAUCUAGCCAAUUCACAAGUUCCAUGCCAGAUUUACAUGAUAUACAAAAAAAUGAUCAAUCUAAAGAAAAAAAUGAGCUCAAAUGUAGAGCAUCGACAUCGCAUGAUGAUAAAGGCUUAUUAUUAAGAACAGCAUCUUCAUCUAACUUAAGUUCCUUACAAAAAGCAAAAUUGAAAGGUAAAAAUAAAGAAGUUGAUAUAGAAAAGUUAUCAACUACAAAAAAGAUUAAGUUAUUGAAAACCAAUUAUUUCAAAUAUGAAACUCAGUUUGCAAUUGCAUUGGAAACUAUAUCGCAGAGGUUAUCAAGCGUCCCGGCUGAUGCUAGAUUGAGUGCAUUACGUGCAGAGUUAUCUCUAUUGAACAGAGAUUUACCAGCGGAAGUUGACAUACCUACUCUUUUACCAGCAAGCAAAAAGGGCAAAUUACAUAAAUUAUGUACAAUUACUGCAAACGAGGCUCAAGUAUUAAAUUCCGCUGAAAAGGUUCCAUAUCUAUUGUUGAUAGAAUAUUUGAGAAACGAAUUCGAUUUUGAUCCUACAACUGAAGAUAAUGAAGAAAUAUUAAGGAAGAAAACUAACAUAUCUAAUUUAAGUUUUGAUCUGAAUAUUAUCGGAAAUGGUGAUCUAAACAAUGAUGCCAUAAUAUUAAACCCUACAAAAAGUGAUUCCGUUAUGAACCUAUCCAAUAACGCUAAUAAGGAGGAAAGAGUAGCGUCUCAGAUGUCAGAUUUAUCCUUAACUCCCUCAAAUUAUUCUGAGUUUGGUCCAAAAGAAAUUGAUUUAAGUGAUCUUUCAAUGAUUGGUGUAAGAAAUCAAACUGACGCAGAAGCAUAUAGAGAAUCUUUAGUGAUGCGUAGCACAACUAAAGUUCCUGUGAUUGAGGAACAAGUUGAAGGUAGAAAUCCUGAAUUGAACUUCGCCAUGAACUUAGAUGCUGUUGUGAAGAAUGGCAAGGGCGAGUUAAGUGAUCGUUAUGAUGAAACUAAUGAGUUGGCUGACCAAAUGCGUAUAUCUGCAUUAAUGUUGUCUCAAUUGGAUAAAUCACCACAAGAACUAUCAGAUGUUGCAAAUCAAAUACGUGCUAAAAUUAUUGCCUCAAUGAAGGAAGGUCAGGAUAAGUUUGGAUUUAAUGAUCUUGAUCAAAUUCAUGGUAUGGCAGGUGAGCGUAAAUUAGAAAAUGAUUUAAUGACUGGUGGUAUUGACACUUCCUAUUUAGGUGAAGAUUGGGCUGCUAAAAAAGAGAGAAUUCGUAAAACUUCGGAAUAUGGUCAUCUUGAAAAUUGGGAUUUGUGUUCGGUCAUUGCCAAAUCUGGUGAUGAUUUGAGACAAGAAGCAUUUGCUUGCCAAGUUAUUCAAGCCAUGGCUCAGAUUUGGACUAAAGAAAAGGUUCCUGUGUGGGUGAAAAAAAUGAAGAUCCUAAUUACAAGUGCAAACACUGGUUUAGUGGAGACUAUUACAAAUGCUGUCUCUGUUCAUAGUAUUAAGAAAUCUCUGACAAAAAAAAUGAUUGAAGAGAAUACAUUAGAUGAAAAGGGAGGCAUUGCCAGUUUAAAUGACCAUUAUUUGCGUGCAUUUGGUGAACCAAAGGGAUUUAAAUACAGACGCGCACAAGAUAACUUUGCAUCAUCUCUAGCUGCAUACUCGGUCAUAUGUUACCUAUUACAAAUUAAAGAUAGACAUAACGGUAACAUUAUGAUUGAUAAUGAAGGACAUGUCUGUCAUAUUGAUUUUGGUUUCAUGUUAUCUAACUCUCCAGGUUCGGUGGGUUUUGAAUCUGCUCCAUUCAAAUUAACCUAUGAAUAUGCAGAAGUAUUAGGUGGCAUUGAUGGAGAACCUUAUAAAAAAUUCGUCAACUUAACUAAAGCAGCAUUUAAAUCUGUCAGAAAGUAUUCUGACCAAAUUAUCUCAAUGUGUGAAAUUAUGCAAAAAGAUAAUAUGCAACCAUGUUUCAACGCUGGUGAACAAACUAGUGUCCAAUUAAAGCAAAGGUUCCAUCUUGAAUUGGCUGAAGAUGAAGUUGACGAUUUUGUAGAGAACUUUUUGGUCGCAAAAUCUUUAGGCAGCAUUUACACAAGACUAUACGAUCAAUUCCAAUUGAUCACGCAAGGUAUUUACAGUUGA